UGCCCGUCGUUCUUCUCCACACAUCUCUCCCUCCUCAUUUGCCCGUUGAAACUUUGAUCAAAAUGUGUCGUCGUGUGAAAUGUGAAAAGUGCGACAAGUAUACGUGGGCUGGAUGCGGACAGCAUAUUGACCAAGCCCUCGCAGGUCUCAAGCCGGAAGAAAUCUGCAACUGUAAAGAUAAGCAGAAGCAGAGUGACAAGACGGCAGGGCAUUCGUAGAGCUCGCCUCGAACACUGCCGCGUAGAGUAGUUUAGAAGCCCAUUGUAGCAAUUCUUUUGUGGGGAAUAAGCGCUCCACAACAGAGUCGGUUGAACACGUGAUACAUCAUUGACUAAAUGCACGUGACCAUAUUCGUUGCUAUGGCAAUUAAAAGUGGGAAAGUUUCUGUGCCA